CGGACAUGGAGUGAGGUGGUCCUGUGACAGCUGAAUUUCUAAGUAUGCAGUCUGCCUCAGUGCUGGCUAAAAGGUGGAAUUAUCUGUGUAUUGCUUCAACUGAAGGACUCCUGAAGUAUCUGUCACCUCUACAAAGAAUCAAAUGGAGAAGAAAUACCCAUUAAUAGCAGGAAGAGAAAAGGGGCCGGGGCCUGGUCGCUAUGGGCUUCCUCCCACCAUUGGAUUCAUGGGACAUGACUUCACCAAGCCAACUAGCGCUGCUUAUUCUUUCCACGGCAGGAUGAGUGACACUAUGUAUCGUGUAGACUCAAGUCCAGGGCCACAGUAUCACAUUGAUGCAAAAAUGACUCGUUUUGGAAGGGACGGCACGCCUGCAUACUCAAUGUUGGGCCGAGUGAAAACACAGAAGGAGCUGUUCCAGACACCUGGACCGGGUGCAUACAGCCCUGAGAAAACCCCACCAUGCAACCUCCAGCGCAGACCACCGUCUUACACGAUGGGGGCUCGUACACGGUACCGGAGUGUCGACCCAGUACCGGCUCCUAACAAGUACUGUCUCCCUCCUCUGAUGGGCCCUCAAGUCCCAAACAAGCAAGCCAGCGCAAGUUACACAAUGUCAGGUAGUUACAACGGGGGGCCCGCUGUGGACUUAGCCAUGACGCCAGGGCCCUGCAGGUACAACAGCACGGACCCCAGUGUUUAUCUACCCAGAAAGCCGGCCUUUUCCAUGCUGGGACGCCACGGCUUACCCAGAGACGCCACCGACAAACCCGGUCCUGGAUCUUAUAAUCCAGAGAAAGUGACAGUCCACAAGGCUCGGGCACCAGCCUUCUCCCUGGGCAUCAGACACUCUGAGUUUGUUACUCCACUAGUAGUUAAUGUUUCUGACUGA